AUGAUCAUCGCAGGCUCCAUCUUCAAAGCUUGUUUUGUACAACCUGCCAUGGACGUCAGGGUGUUGAGGCUGAAUGGAGAAGAAGUGGCGACUGUACCGCUUGAUGCAGCUGCGGAUGUCAGAGCUCUGAAGCAUGCGAUUGCAGAGAUCGACGGCACACCCGCGAUUUUGCAGCAGCUUAUUUGGAAGGACCAGCCACUGGAUGACUCUGCGCAGGCCCCACUGUUGGCAGCGCAGCUUGAUGCCAGUGCACCAGUGAUACUGGUGAAGAAGGACUUGGUGCAGACGCAGGAUGCUGAGGCCAAGAAGCUUAUCGGCCGAUACGGCAGCAAGUAUCGGCCUCAGCAUCACUUUUUUUGGGCCGUCCACGAGGGAAAUGUCUUAGCCACGGGCGGCCUCCUUCGAUUGCCGGGUGUUGAUGUCGAUGGAGAAAUGUUGCCCACGGAUUUUGACGAUGCGAAACGCCAGCAUGAAUGGCCAUACAGGAGCUUCGACGGCCGAUACGAGGACCGAGCGCUUCAUUUGGCAGUUCGCUGCCGUGAUGAGGCAUCGGUGGAGCUGCUCCUCAGCUGUCGAGCGGACCCAGAGCUCCGCAACGACAACCGGGAAACCCCGAUGGAUAUUGCAAUGGGGAAGGGCAAGCGAUGGAAAAGUGCAUUUAUGCAGCCGCGGGACUUUGGUGGUUCCCCGGAGCGCAUCCUGGAGCUACUUCGCGGUGCCUCUGGAAGGUGA